UAAAACAAUUGCAAUUGCUAAGCACCCAAACAUCAUCAUCAUAGUGAUCAACAGGCAAGCCGAUCGACAAGCAUGUACUGCUGAAUAGACCAAGACAGCAGACUAAGUCUAGCACUGGGUCUAGUCUUAGCUGUGUGUGCCACUGCCAUAGUUUUCCUACACACUUCUUUAAACUUCAAAAGCCGUGCCAAUAUUACUGGCGAUGCUCUCUGCGAUGACGAAGACGAUGGUGAUGAUGAUGGUUACGCUUACACCCAUGUCAGGUGCGCACAUCAAUGUUUUCAUUGAAUAGUCUGACGGACCACUAGUAGAAGUUAUAACAAACGCUGCUGCUGACUGAAUGACUGACUUACUGUUUGCUUAGCUGUUGGCUUCUCCUGCUACCAUAACUUGGAUGGUAGAGCGUCGGACAAUUAUUUAGCUAAUGUAUAAUAAACGAAAUAUUUUAUUGGUUUAAUUUAAACAUAACCGUUGAAAUAAUAAGACGUUAACUUAAAAAGAGGUGGUGAUUGUGUUGCGCGGCUUUGUAGGAAAGGUGUUUUUUGCAUUCAUUCAUUUUUUUUGUAUGGUAGUAAUAUUUUCAACGUUGAUGUGUUAUAAUGUGCCGCUUUCAUGUUAGAGAACUUUUACUUUAUUUCUAUUAUAUAACGGUUAUUGGGCAUCAUCAAGGUGCCGCGAAUCGGGCAAACAUUUAUAAAAUUCCCCGCCAAAAUCCUACUCAAAAUCCCAUGACAAAAGUUAUCAUAAACGAUAUGAGAGCAGCCUUUUAUCCCAUAACCAAUGAUUCGCGCCUAACUGAGAAUGUUGUGACGCACAUGUAUAACUUCAAACUACUCAAUUCCAAUAAGCAUGCCACCAUGAUGUUCAAAUUACCUGUCAACGAAAUUGAACAGGAUAAUCGACAAGCGGAGAGGACCUUAUUUAUGGAACGUCUGCAAUUUAUGGAGCCCAAAUUCCCCAAUCUAACAGACUCUUACAUGACUCUGAGGAGAUUCAAAUUCUCCAAAGCUCCUAUUAAUGAGCAUAUUAGUAAACUGAUGAAAAAAGAAAUGCAGGAAAUAGAACAGCAACCACUCAAUGAUCCUUGGUCACAUUUGGGGCUUAAUGGCUGGGAUGGAGAUAUUGCUGAUCCAUUUAAUGUCACUCAAAGUGUUCCUUCGAAGAUUGGAAAUGAAUAUCCUCAUAUUGAAAUAACCAAAGAUUUAUAUGGAGGCAUCUCAUCAACGGAAUAUUUCAAAGAUAUCGAACAAAAGGAAAAAAGGCAACGGGAGGAGUUUAUGAAAGAAAUGGAUACGAAUGUGUUUAUAGCCAGAGCAAAUGACCCGUUUGGUUAUUCAACAAAAUGGCAAUUAAGAAAAUCUAAUCAAACCAAACACAAAAGAGAUGUCUUGCGUUUGUACUCAAUGUUGCAGUGCUCUACUGGCUGUGAACCUUUAAUCUAUAAAGGUUAUGGAUGUUAUUGUGGAUUCUUGGGAAAUGGCAUACCCACAGAUGGAAUUGAUCGUUGCUGUAAAAUACAUGACAAAUGCUAUGAACAAAGCAACUGUCCUUCAUAUUUGGAAUACUUUGUGCCCUAUGUGUGGAAGUGUUAUCGUGGCAAACCUUUGUGCGCCAUAGAUCAUGGUGAAUGGGGAGGACCGGACUCCUGUGCUGCCCGUUUGUGUUAUUGUGACUUGCGCCUAUCACGUUGUUUGCGAGAAUUUUCAUGUCCACAGAAAAGGGCAGUAUGUCGAUCAUCACUUUCCAGACGUUUGCAAAAUAUAUUAUUUGUAAAAUAAUGCUUUGUAUUUUGUUUUUUUUUUUUACCAAAGCGAUAUUGUUAUAUUGUUAUUUUUCAAUAAAUUUUUAAUUUAUUUUUUAAAUAUA